GGUGCAUUGUGGGUAUAAACAUGGCGCCCUAGCAGCGAUCUAAACUAUCGCUUGGAGAUGAAGGAAGAAACCUCCAAAAUGACUCUGAUCAGAACCCUAUAGCGGAGUCGGCUGGUAUAAUCACCACAUGCAGCCAUGACUAAAAUUGCUGGUGAUAAUGAUGUGGAUUUUGAGGCCGAAAUUCAGCGAGAACUUGAAGCGAUCACUGAAGACGACCUGGAAAUCGUUGAAAUUGAAGAAUUAGAUGAGAGUGACAUCGGUUCUGAUAUUACUAUUACUAAGACAUAUGACCUACCAGACACUCUACAGGAGUAUCUUAAUGCUGUUCAUGCCCGUCUAGAUGGAGCAGAGGAGGGUGUCAGGGAGUGUGAUUCAGUGCUGGAGCUGAUUCCACUUGACAACAAGGGUGACGAGGAAAGACUUGCUAGAAAAAUAAAAGAAGCUCUUGGAGAUGAGUAUGAAGAUCCAAUUUCUCUUCACAACCAGGUACUCUCUGAAAUAAAUGAAGAAGAAUUGAAUGAAGAAAAGCAAAAUGCAGAUAGUAUGGCCCUUGCUGUCAUUUCACCUGAUGUAAAUGACACAACCAUGGCUCUAGAGGUUGCUGCUCAGCAACAAAUCAAAGAGUUAGAGAAGAAGCAGGCUGCUAAAAUCCAGCAUAGAGAAGCUCUUUACGCAGAAAUGAGAAAGAAAGAGGAAGAAAGAAUGAGCAGAGAGAGGAAAGAACGAGAGAGACGACAGCAGGAGUUCAUUAAAGAACAGAAAGAUGUAGCUGUACAACAAAAGGCUCAACAGGAAAGUUUAAAGGAAACUUUACAAGAGCAGGAGAAGGAGACCAUCCAACAGCUUGAAGAAGAUUUUAAGGCUCAGCUAAAUGAACUAGAAGUGGAGAAAGCAAAAGAGCAAACUGCACUGGAAGAAAUGAAGAGAGAAGAGGCUUUCAACAAAGAAACAGAGCUACGAAGGGCUUCAACUAUGAUACAAAAAGUUUAUAGGGGACACAGGGUUUACUCCAAGUACAAAGAUAUUUUAGAAGCACGAAACAGGCAGAGAAAACGAGAAAGAGAAGAAGAGCUGGAGAGAAUUGAGAGAGUCGAAGAGAUGCAAAGGAAAACACAGGAAAAAAAACGCAUUGAAGAAGAGGAACAAAAAAGGAAAGAGGCUGAAGAGAAAAAAGCCAAAGAAAUUGAGCAAAGGAGAAUGGAAGAAGAAAUAAAAAAAGAGGAGGAAAAGAAAAGGAAAGAAGCUGAAGAGAAAAGAGUCAAAGAAGAACAAAUAAGACUAGAGAAGGAGAGAAAAAGAAAGGAAGCAGACGAUAGACAAAGGGAAGAGGCAAGGAAAGAAGAGGAAGAAAAAAGGAAAAGGGAGGGAGAAGUAAAAAAGCGAAAGGAAGAAGAAGAACGUUUAGUAGAGGCAAGAAGAAAAGAGCAAGAAGAAAAGAGAAAACUUGAAGAACAAAAGAGGAAAGAGGAAGAAGAUAGGAGAAGGAAAGAAGCUGAGGAAAAACGAAUAAAAGAAGAAGAAGCAAGAUUGAAAGAGGAGAGGAGGAGUAAAGAUGAGGAAGAAAAUCGAAGGAAAGCAGACGAGGAAAGAAAGAGAAAAGAACAGGAGGAAGCUGAAAGGAACAGAGUUGUACAAGAAGAGAAAAGGAAAAUAGAGCAAGAGGGAAAGCAAAGAAAAAAAGAAUCAAGGAAGCAAGAAGAGCAGAAUAAAAAAGAGCAAAUUCUGAACAAGAUGGCCGAGGUGUUAGAUAAAUCAAAUUGUAUUACUAAGGAAGAUAACAAUGAAAGUGAUUCAAAGAAUGGUACUAUAUCUGAAACCUCAGCAAAUUUAGAGUGUUUAAGGCAAGAUUGGCUGAAACAACACACUCCCUGGAGCCAACAAACAUUCGAAAACAGAAGUCAACCAGUCGCCAGAGGAAAGCCAAGAUCAAGGAGACCAUUUUCAGCCAGCAGAAACCUACCUUCCCUUACCGAGGACCAGCUGCUUGUGUCAUCGCCUCCCGGGACACCACUUCACAAGGUUGUUUAUGUCCAUGUUACGCAUGCACCAGCAUGUAAGAUACAGGCCAUGAAGCGUUGCCCGGCACUCAUGUCCCUUGUGUUGAUUGACUGUGGUCUGGUGGCUGUUGAGGGUCUUGAGGAAUGUCAAAGCCUGGAGGAGCUGAAUGUGGAGAAUAACAAGGUCGAGUUUGUAAACUGUGGAGCCUUACCGCGCCUUGAGCACAUAUGUCUAAAGGAGAACAACCUUACUUCAGUGCAAGGAAUUGAAGACUGCAAGUCUCUGCGGUGUAUUGAUGCAUCUCGCAACAGAAUAACACGACUAGGUGAUAUAGCUUCCUGUUCCAAACUGCAGAAACUUUCUCUGGAUCACAAUCAGUUGAUAGCAACAAAGGGGUUAUCAAGUCUGCGAGUGCUUCAGACGCUAUCUUGUGCGCAUAACCACCUCCCAAAUGUGAAGGAGAUCGAAGGGUGUCAAUUACUAGAAAAUCUUGACCUUCGAGCCAACAACCUUUUGCAGCCUCCAAGCCUUACCAACCACGUCCUGCUGAGGGAGCUAAGACUGGACGACAACAGCAUAUGUACACUGGAACCACUUGCCAAGUCGUGGCUACCGCUCCUCGAGACCUUGUCAGUUAGUCAAAAUAGCAUCUCAUUUAUCGAUGCCUUGUGCGGACUCCCUCUACUGACGAAGCUGGACAUCAGCCAUAAUCUUAUCACAGACGUUGAAGGGUUGGUGCCUGGCCUCAAGGAAUGUUCUUAUCUGGAAGAGCUCAGUGUUGAUGGGAACCCUGUCUCAGAAGACCCUCACCUAAGAAAUGCAAUCAGCCAAGAUAUUCCUAACUUGAAGAUAUUUGAUAAUGAAAUACUAACCCCUUCAGCAAAUAAGAGUGUUGAAACGCCGUUUAUUGUAAUGUGCAAGCGGCAAGCAAAGGAACAAGACGACAUGAAAGAAAAGCACAAGCGAGAGACAAGGAAUCUAAGCGUUGAGGUCAAGGAUUCUGUUGAGGUCAUAGAACGACUAGACCUUAAGCGUAAGCAUUACCGUGAGUGGCACGAUCUGGCAGUUGAACACCUCAUUCAGCACGAGACAUUUUACUCCGAGAGCCCGCUACAACCUGCAUCCAGACCUAGACCUACUGCGACGCCCCUUGCCCCGCCUACAGCAGAUACCACGAGACAAACACGUGAAAGGCAAGAAGUGGCGGCUACUAAGAUUCAAGCGUUGUUUCGUGGUUGGAGCAUCCGCCACCGCAUUGAAGUACAAAUGCAAAAGUGGAUGGCAGCCGUUACAAUUCAAGCAGCAUGGCGAGGUUACCACGUUCGUUCUCGGCCAAGGCCCCAGCGAAUCUCGAGAGCACGAAGGGCAUUAUGGGAUGCACGUCACCACGCUGCUGCUACAACGAUUCAGGCACACUACCGAGGUUACCGAGUGCGUCGGCGUAUUGCACAUGCGCUUCAGACUGCGCAGUUCACGUACGUGGGGGACGAGGAAGAUGACGAGUUUAACUAUGAUGAAGAAGUAGACCUCACAGCAUUCGACUUGGACGAGGGAUAUCUCGAGACUGGAUGGACACCCACCGACAUGCCGCAGCUGCCCUCCCGAGGACCUGCCCUACCUGCUGCCAACUUUACUAAGGGAAGAACAUAUGGGCAAAACACCGAAUCUUCCGACGAAUGGAAACCACGUCAUGCAUGGCGGUCAGCAGGCUCUCCCGCAAUGGCAGAUACAAUUGGGCGCUCGAGGCAUGCUGGGAUGUCGAUUCCUAUAGACACCAUGGAUCAAGACCUUCAAUCCGUCACAUCAGGGACCCAGAGUCACAUGACCCAUCGCGCCGAAGAGCUAAGUAGCGAGUGGGGCUUGAAAGAUGUCUCGACUGCAGAGUUGAUGUGGAAGCGAGCAAAUCGAAUGAAAUACAAUCCAGCAAGAAAGCGAAAACUGCUUGGUGAGGGUUUCGUGUUAGGGUGUUCAAAUCCUACCAAGCGUCUUGCGCUUUUCAAGAAACUCGACGACGCGAAUAAACUUCGAGAAGUCAGGCCACCUCCGAAACGAGAACCCCCAAAGCGCAUGGAGUAUUUCGCUGCCCGUGAUGCUGGCCUACUCCGCACAGGAAGUACCACACCUAUCAAUGAACGACGGACUAAAGCACAGAUGACUUACAGCUGGGUGUAUAACCAAGGUGUAAUCCAUCAAGACGAGCCGGAGGCCAUGUCUCUCAAUGACCAGAGUGCUGAGCCUAGAAUCAAGAAGAGUCCGGUGGCAAGCAGACCCGGACAAGCCCCGGUCAACCUGCCUCACAUGGAUCCGGUAUCACUCGCAGGAAGGAACGUGCCGCUUGUGUCGAAUUCAUCGCUUGUUCAGGAGUCGCUGUCUCGAAGUAGCACGUCACGUCGCCGUGGCGGCUCUCUGUCAUCCGAAGAGGUCCGCUUUCCACCAAUCAAAACUCACUCCGUGCCAAACCUUACAGCCAGGUCCGAGGGCCCAUCAGAAGUCAGCAGCCGCUCCCCUGAGAAGAGCAACAGCGCCGGUGCGCGCAUAACAAAAGAGAGAAAAACGCGGAGAUGACCGCGGGCGCAUAACCGGAAAUGCACCUUUCGCUGCUUCAAAGGAUGACGGGAGAUUAUUACAUUAAAAAGGCUGGCUUUCGUUGGCGAAAUCUGAGGACAAAGUUCCAAUUAAAAUAAAUAUAAAUGUGUUAAAGCUUUAUCGAAUAAAUUAUGUAAUAUUUACACUA